AUGGCUAAUGCUCGAACUUUAAGGGAGUUGGCUGCUCCAAACUUUAAUCAACAGUCAUUAUGCAUUACCUUUCCAAAUUUAGAUGAAGAAACUCCUUUUGAAUUAAAGUUUGGUCUAAUUCACCUUUUACCUUCUUUUCAUAGUUUUUCAAGUGAGGAACCUUACAGGCACUUGCAGGAAUUUGAUAUAGUAUGCACAAGUAUGAAACCGCCGGGGAUUACUGAAGAGCAGAUAAAAAUGCGAGCAUUUCCCUUUUCCCUCAAGGACGCGGCAAAAGAUUGGUUCUACUAUCUGCCACCAAAUAGAAAUCUUAUAGACGCUGCUAGUGGAGGUGUUUUGAUGAAUAAGACCCCCCAAGAUGCUUGGAAAUUGAUAGAAAGGAUGGCAGAAAAUUCUCAACAAUUUGGCACAAGAGAAGAUGUCCAUACUCAUCGAGUAAAUGAAGUAACUGUCUCAUCAAUUCAACAACAAAUAUCUGAAUUAACUUCAGCUAUUCGACAGUUGGUUGUAGGGGAUUUGCAGCAGGCCAAAACAUGUGGUAUUUGUAAGGACACGAGUCAUCUCACAGAUUGGUGUCCAGUGCUACAAGAUGAAAGAGUUGAACAAGUAACCAUGGCUGGCAACAUGCAGUAUGACCCUUACUCCAACACGUAUACUCCGAAUUGGAGGGACCAUUCGAAUUUCAGCUAUGGAGGUAACAAGCAGCAAAAUUCUUUGCCCAAUAAGCAGCAAGGUUUUCGGUCAUGGUACCCCUCCAAAUCUCAAUCUCAUUCAUCAAAUGCUGACAUGUCUUUGGAGGAUAUGGUCAAGGCAUUAGUUGCCAACACCACGCAACUCCAGCAAAAUGCCACUCAAUACCAGCAAAGGACGGACACGAGCAUCAAAAACAUAGAAAAUCAGUUGAGUCAGAUGACUUCUAUACUACAUCGUUUGGAGUCUCAAGAGAAAGGCAGACUUCCAUCUCAGUUUGAAGUUAAUCCAAAGAAUGUGAGUGCCAUGACCCUCAGAAGUGGAAAAGAAAUUAAAGGGCUUACGGUUCUGAAGGAUAAGGGUCAAGAUCAAAUUCAAAAAGAGAUGGAAGAUGGAAGGCGUGAAUUGGUUUCUACACUGAGCAAAUGA